CUGUUGUUUUGUCUGUUGUCAGCUGGGAGACGACGGCAAAAGCCUACUGCUGUCGGUGCUGCGUGUGGAUGUUGUUGUAGAUGUGUGAGAGUUGAAAAUGGCCGCUACCAUGACUGAUCCUGUUGAUUCUUCAUGCGAUUUUUCAAAAUCGCCCGUGUUUUCAUCAGCAGCGAUUAAUAAGAUGGAAAAUCAAGAGAGUGAUGGCGUCCCCUUGCAAACUCCUUGGACAUUUUGGUUGGACAGAUGUGUCCAUGGCAGUUCUGCUGAUGAAUUUCAAGCCAACUUGAAGAAAAUUUAUACUGUCCGAACAGCUCAAGGAUUUUGGGCUGUGUUCAAUAAUAUUCCAGCAGCUAAUGAAAUCAAUGUACGAGCUAGCUAUCAUUUAAUGCGAGAAGUUCAUAAGCCUCUCUGGGAAGAACCCUAUAAUCGAUACGGAGGAACAUGGAGAAUCAAGUGUCAGAAAAGAGACACAACAAAGGUGUGGAGAGAAAUGCUUGUGGCCGCAAUUGGUGAACAAUUUUCUGAUGCUAUUGCUGAUGGUGAUGAAAUUUGUGGUGUCACUGUGUCCAUUCGAGAACGUGAAGAUUUAGUGCAGAUCUGGAAUAUAAAUGCUGAUCUUAGUGACAAGGCUACUGUCAUCCCACGAGUGCACAGACUUCUUCCUGAUGUUGACUUUCCGGCCAUAUUUUACAAACGACAUGAUACUCAUCAAGCUUUUGAGAAGGGAAGGCGUUAAACCAGAUACUGUCAUUUGUGAUUUUUGUAACAAGAUGUUUCUUUGUUUUCUUUUUGUUUGUUUUUUUGUCAGUAAUGACCGAGUGACGCAAAAAAAAAAAUUGUUAUUGUUAGGGCUUGUGCUCUCCUUUCUGUCAUGUCCAAAACUAAGUUAAUCACUUGUUUGUUAACAAUAUAGUAGUAUGUAUUUACAUACCAGGUAGCAAUCUAUCAAGAAAUAUUCCUACCUAAAAUUUAUGUCUUGAUGAUUAUUUUUAUUGCCAAUCAUUCACCAGCAAACAAGAUUUAUUUUCUUAAUUAUUACAUACUUCUGGAUUCUUAGAGCAUUAAGUGAGUUUUGAAAUAUUUUACACAUUUAUUUGUGCAGAAUAUUUGAGUCUAAGUCAAAGGAGACAUAUUAAUGUGAUGCGGGUAAAGUGUUUUGUAUCUAGAAUGUGCCAAUUAAAUUUAAUUUGACUUCAAAAUGCAAGGAGUACUUUGCUACAGACGUUGUGAUCUUCAUGUCUCUGUCAUCUCCUUUUCUGUUAAUGUAGUGUAACCUUACAUUAUGUUUUAACUUAAGAAUUUUUACUUUUUCAAAUUUUUGUAAUUUUUUGAGCCAAUUUUGUAAUGUUAAUGCUUGACCAGAACAUGACUGUUACAUAGUUAUUUUAAUGUGUCUUAUUAAUGUUUCUUUGGAAGCAAUAGUUAAAAAGAUAUAAAAUUAAAACAAAUUCACAUA